AUGUUGUGCGCGCGGCCGGAUGACAUGCAGCCGGCGACGCAACGUUCAUCGCGGGGCGUGUUGAAACUGGGCCGGUACAUUGUGCGGUGUCUGACGGCCCAGCCGGACAUCUGGCUGCUGUUCUUGUACAAGUGCGGUCAGCUGGUGGCGGUCAACCUGCACGAGCCGGUGGCGCGGAGCGUGGGCAUCCUGGACGAACUGUUCCAGGCGCAGCAGGGUUUUCCGACGGAACCGGACCAACUGCAGCGGGAACGGCGCGAACCGCGGGACCGAGAGCGUGCAGGCCGACCGGCGACCAUAGGAUCCCUGCCGUCGUCGCCGCGGUCGCCGACCGAAGGACGACUGUCAAACCGGGCGCUGUGCGUCGCGUCGUCGUCAUCGUCCGCGUCGCCCGACUCGGUGUCUCCCGCGUCAGUGUCGUCGUUGUCGCCGGACAACGACCAGUUCCGCGGCAUGGACGAGGACGACACGGACGACGGGUACACCGACUCGGACGACGAACCGUUCGCCUACAUGACCGGCCGCCGGUUCUCGCGCACUCCGUCUUCCGGCGAACCACGGAGCCGUCGCAGCAGUUCCGGCUGCGGUAGCAGUUACAACAGCGGUGGUAGUUGUUACAACAGCGGGGGUAGCUGUUACAACAGCGGCACCAGCAGCCCCUGGAGCAGCGUGACCGGCCGCCGACGCAACAGCUGCACCGACAUCGCCGAAGUGGUCGACGACACCGGCAGUUGCAGAGGUACGUUGCGAUAG